AUGAAUGAUCCAAACGAGAUCAUGGGAAUGUGGAUUGUGGGGUAUGAUUCAAUCAGCAAUAAGGGUGGUGGUAAUGGGGAUUUUCUUGGGGUACAUGAGCAUAUGGGUGAUGAUGCCUACAAGCACAUAUUGGCUACAUUGGUUGCCCCAUAUCCAUUCCGCCACUCGUUCAACCUAUUUCGGCCAACAACAAGGAGGGAAUAUUCUAAUUUACACAACCCCAGUCGUCCUUAUUGCAACUUUGGCAUGUACAUACCUUCACCUGGAAAACAAGUCUGCCCACCAUCCAAACAAUCAAAGAGUCUCUUUUUUCAAUCGCACACUUUUCAUGGAGACAAACGUUCUACUCAUUGGGGUAAAGCUUACAUACACGCCAUGUUUGCCACCAUCACGACCCAAUCUGCAUCCAGGAUGGGAGAAAAAGUGUGGGAAGUGAAGUUAGACAGUGUAGGUCUAAUGCUGGGACUUGCUGGUAACAUAUGCCUAGCUCUUUUGUUCUUUCCAGUGACCAGAGGGUCAUCAGUGCUUAGGCUCAUUGGUCUUACAUCGGAAUGUAGCAUCAAGUAUCACAUAUGGCUCGGACAUACUACUAUGGUUUUCUUCACUGCUCAUGAUCACUUAUGUCUAAUACAGAUGGUGAAAUGGGAGAAAAUUGGCAUAUCAAAUGUAGCAGGAGAAGUAGCUUUGCUUACAGGAAUUGCAAUUUGGUCGACGACCAUACCUCGUAUUAGGAGAAGCAUCUUUGAGCUCUUUUUCUACACGCAUCAUCUCUACAUUCUCUUUGUGGUAUUCUUUAUACUACAUGCUGGAUUUUCUUAUUGUUGGAUCACGCUUCCUGGCUUUUACCUCUUUCUCAUAGAUCGCCUCCUACGAUUCCUGCAAUCCCAGCAAAAAGUUCGCUUAGUUUCAGCACGAGUAUUACCAUGCCAAGCUGUUGAAUUGAAUUUCGCCAAAACCCCAGGGCUACAUUACAACUCAAUGAGCUCAAUCUUCAUAAACAUACCUAGUAUAUCAAAACUCCAAUGGCAUCCAUUUUCGAUAACCUCCAGCAGCAAUUUGGAUCUUGAGAAGCUAAGCGUCGUUGUCAAAAGCGAAGGAACAUGGUCACAGAAGCUGUAUGAAGAACUCUCCUUGCCUUCACCGAUCGACCAUCUUCAAGUCUCUGUCGAAGGACCUUAUGGACCUGCAUCAACCAAUUUUCAUCAGUAUGACAACCUCGUGAUGUUCAGUGGCGGAAGUGGAAUCACUCCAUUUAUCUCCAUCAUCCGUGAGCUUCUAUACAUAGCUAACGAAUCCAGCAAUUCACCACAGGUUCUUCUUAUACCAGCCUUCAAGAAAUCAGCAGAUCUUGCAAUGCUAGACCUUCUCCUUCCUCUAUCAGGCACCAGCCAUGAUCUAUCUCGCUUGCAGUUACAAAUCCAAGCAUACAUAACACAAGAGAGAGGGCACACAACAGAAGAACAGCAGUUUUACCGAACCAUAUGGUUCAAGCCCAGUGCUCUUGAUGCACCAAUUUCUGCAAUUUUAGGCAGAAACUGCUGGCUUUGGCUGGGAGUGAUAAUUGUCUGCUCUUCUGUCAUUUUCCUUGCACUCAUCGCUCUUCUUACACAAUUCUAUAUAUAUCCCAUUGAUCACGAUACAAACAUGAUAUAUUCAUAUUCUGUAAGGUCAGCAUUUAAUAUGGUAUUGAUAUCCAUGUCUAUAGCUACAACUGCAACCAUAGCUUUUCUGUGGAACAAGAAAAGAAAUUCUACAGAAAUGAGGCAGAUUCAAAUGACAGAUGCACCAACGCCAACGACAUCUCCAGGGAUGAGUUCUUGGUCCUAUAAUACAGAUAGAGAGUUGGAAAGUCUCCCUAGUAAAACUUUCAUUGGUUCUACCAAAGUUAACUAUGGAGAGAGACCAGAUUUCAAGAAAAUACUAAUGGAAACUGAAGGAUCCAGCAUCGGAGUUCUAGUUAGUGGUCCAAAGAAGAUGAGGCAAGAUGUAGCAGCAAUCUGCUCAUCUGGGUUGUCAAAAAGUUUCCAGUUUGAAUCUAUCAGCUUCAGCUGGUGAGCCAAAUAGAUAAUUUAAGCUCAAAUCAUAUAUGAUGUGAUGGUUCUCCAAAAUGUACAUUCUAUCUAGAUGGAUGUCAUUCUGUGUAUUUUAAAAAGAUUUUAGAGUACAAUGAAACAUGCCUCUUUUUCCCGGUGUAAGCAGUUUCUUACCAAUUCACCAUCAAGCGUGCAGAAAAGCACGACAGCCCAUAACUCCAGCCCAGAAGCUGGUAGACGUAUCUCAGACCCCUCAUGAUCCUAAGCCAAAUAGAUAUUAUGUUUGCAGAAACUGAAGUUUGCAAAAAUUUGGGGCAAGGAGGAAUAAUAAAUAAAAGGGAUACCAGCAAUCUAGUAUACAGAUGCUUUGAUAUUAACAACUGAAUGAAAACAAGAUGGUAAGG